AUGAUAUCAAUCAUCGACAACAUAGCUUCACCACUGGCCUUCAUGUCGUACCUGCUCGCUGAACACCAAGAAGUGCAGGAUAAAGUUCGAGCUGAAGUUCAAUCCUUGCUCCAGAAAGAGGGGGAGCUCACAUACGACGGCCUCGGUGAACUCACCUACUUGGGCCAAGUGCUGUCAGAAUCCCUUAGACUCUAUGCUCCGUUUACAGGCUGGGUGCCCAGGGUAUGUGACGAGGACUACGAGUACAACGGGGUUCGCAUCCUGAAAGGCAUGAGCGUUUCUUUUCUCGCUCACGAUGUGCACUACGAUCCCGUGCUGUGGCCAGAACCGAAAAGAUUUGACCCUGAACGGUUCAGCAAGGCAAACAAGGCGCGCAUACACCCCUUCUCCUACUUCCCCUACGGAAUCGGACAGCGCAUGUGCAUGGCAACUGCGCUCACCCGGGUGGAGUUCAUGGUCGCACUUGCCCUGCUUGUGAUGCGGUACAGGUUACUGCCUAGCGGCAAGUACAAAAACGAGCCACCGAACUAUUUUACAGCAUCAUUGGCGGCUUUUCCCAAGGAAGGCGUAUUCGUCAAACUACGGAAGCUAUAAAAUCCAGGAAAAGACUUAGAAGAUCAGCGUGAACACGCGUCAUGUUCAUUAUAACUGGCGACUUUCUUUCAUGUAAUUAUUAAUAAUUGUUUCUAUUUAAUUGCAAGAUACGCUCAUAACUCACCAGAGGCAUCAACUUUUUACAGCCUGACAGCUAUUCACGGGGCUGCAUACUGCAAUCACUCGCCAAUAAAGCUUUUCCAGUUGCU